AUGUCAGGCUGUGAAGAAACAAAAGGAAAGAACAGCUUUAAGAAGCACUUAAGAGGUCCAAAGGUGAAGAACUUAAACCCGAAGAAAUUCAGCAUUCAUGACCAGGAUCACAAAGUACUGGUCGUGGACUCUGGGAAUCUCAUAGCAGUUCCAGAUAAAAACUACAUACGCCCAGAGAUCUUCUUUGCAUUAGCCUCAUCCCUGAGCUCAGCCUCUGCGGAGAAAGGAAGUCCGAUUCUCUUGGGGGUCUCUAAAGGGGAGUUUUGUCUCUGCUGUGACAAGGAUAAAGGACAAAGUCAUCCAUCCCUUCAGCUGAAGAAGAAGAAACUGAUGAAGCUGGCUGCCCUAAAGGAAUCAGCACGCCGGCCCUUCAUCUUUUAUAGGGCUCAGGUGGGCUCCCGGAACAUGCUGGAGUCGGCAGCUCACCCCGGAUGGUUCAUCUGCACCUCCUGCAAUUGUAAUGAACCUGUUGGAGUGACAGAUAAAUUUGAGAACAGGAAACACAUUGAAUUUUCAUUUCAACCAGUUUGCAAAGCUGAAAUGAGCCCCAGUGAGGUCAGCGAUUAGGAAACUGCCCCAUCAAAUGCCUUCCUUGCUAAUUCGAAGGAGUUAUAUAAAACACAAAAUCUGCUCACUAA